AUUUAGAAUGCGUCGUCACUAAACUGGCUUUACUUCUAACUUACUUUUAUGUAACUAUGAUUUUGCCUCUAACUUACCUUUAUGUAACUAUAAUUGAAUACGUCAUUGUAUCCGUGAAGCAACAAUGAUUUGUACUCUGACAACAUGUGAGCUUGUGCUCCUCCAGAGAAAACCAAAGAUCUCUGCAUCACGCAAGCUGAUGCUCAAGAGUUUGAUGGUGGCCAAAGCUAAAGAGGAACUAGAACAGGAGGUGCUGGUGAAGGAAGAGGAGAAGCAGAAGUACCUGUCAGAGAGAGCUCCUCCUCUCAACACCAGCGGACUCAGUCUGGCACAGCUGCAGGAUCUGUGCAGAGAGCUUCAUUCCAAGAUUGAUGUAGUCGAUGAAGAGCGUUAUGACAUUGAGGCCAAAGUCAUGCUUAACACACGUGAGAUUAAAGACUUGAACAUCAAGGUUUUGGACCUAAGGGGGAAAUUCAAGAGGCCAAACCUGAGACGUGUCCGUGUGUCUGCCGACGCAAUCCUGCGCUCUUUACUGGGCUCCAAACACAAAGUGUCUAUGGACCUCAGAGCCAACCUCAAGUCUGUCAAGAAGGAAGACACAGAGAAGAAGAGGCCCGUGGAGGACAGUGACUGGAGGAAGAACGUGGAGGCCAUGUCUGGGAUGGAGGGCAGGAAGAAGAUGUUUGAUGCAGCCAAAGGCCCUGCACAGUGAAGUGUAGUUUCACACACAAUAUUAGAUGCCACACACAGUGUCAACUUAGUGAAAGCAGUUAACAAUUAUAUUCUAUUAUAUUCAUAAUUAAGUGAAACAUUAAAGUUAAUAUUUGUUCAGUGUUUGAAAUGUUUGUGGCAGCUUUGAACACAGUUUGAACACAACUUCAACUUUUGUGGCAAAAUAUGGCACCAAGUACAAUCACCAUGGCUGUAUUUUGUUUUAAUGUUAUAUGUUUGUCAUCUUAAAAUUUUUUAAUAAUUAAAAAAGUUCUGCAUGGGUAAAAUAAAACAUUAUUAACAAGAUUUUUUCAUUUGAAUGUGGUCUUAAAUUAUUUUGUGAUUAAUAAAAGUGUA